GUAGGAUGUGGGGCGGGAGGAUGGAAAGUGGCCUGCGCCCCGAGGAGCCACCAGGACCUAACUGCUGGAGGGUGGGGACCGAGGCUGCCGCCGCCCUUCCUGAAGACUUCUAACCUGCGCUGCUGGGGUCUCUCGCCGACGGGGCGUUCUUGGGGUGCAGCCCAGAGGCUCAGCUGGACGGCAGGCGGGGAAAUGGGCAGGGACCAGCGUCUGGGGACAGACGGGACCCCUCUGUGUGUGUGGGGGGGGGGACGGGAAGAGGCUCCGGCUACGGCCGCCCGGGCUGACAACCUCCUCUUCCCGCGUCUCCCAGUCCUCCCACCACGACGGAGCGUCCCGGGGCGAGCGGUUCAGGCCCGGAGGGGGGAGCCUAGGGCUCGCCGGUGCCAGUCGCCGCCGGGGCGCGCUCCGGUGCCGCGGCGGGUGGCACAGGCUGGCAGCCAUGGGCUGGGUGCCCGGGCCCCAAAGGGAGGGGGCGACGGCUGGCGACCGCCAGAGGUCCGCGUUGUGGGCCCGCCCCCUCGCCUGCCAGCUCCAGCCCCGCCCCCCGAGCCCUGGUGGCUUACUCCGCUCCCCGCUGCGCGACUGCCGGGGACGCACGACCAGGGCGCAGGGCCUUGGGGCAGGAGGCGCAUGGAGUCGGGGCUGCUGCGGCCGGCGCCGGUGAGCGAGGUCAUCGUCUUGCACUACAACUACACCGGCAAGCUGCGCGGCGCGCGCUACCAGCCCGGCGCGGGGCUGCGUGCGGACGCCGUCGUGUCCCUGGCCGUGUGCGCCCUCAUCGUGCUCGAGAACCUGGCGGUGCUGUUCGUGCUUGCGCGCCACCCGCGCUUCCACGCGCCCAUGUUCCUGCUCCUGGGCAGCCUUACGCUGUCCGACCUGCUGGCAGGCGCGGCCUAUGCGGCCAACAUCCUGCUGUCGGGGCCUCUCACGCUGCGCCUGUCGCCCGCGCUCUGGUUCGCCCGCGAAGGUGGCGUCUUCGUGGCGCUCGCCGCGUCCGUGCUGAGCCUCCUGGCCAUCGCGCUGGAGCGCCGCCUCACCAUGGCCCGCCGCGGACCCGCGCCCGCCUCCCGUCGGGGACGCACGCUGGCACUGGCGGGGGCCGCCUGGGGCGUGUCGCUGUUCCUCGGACUCCUGCCGGCGCUCGGCUGGAAUUGUCUGGGCCGCCUGGACUCCUGCUCCACUGUCCUGCCGCUCUACGCCAAGGCCUACGUGCUCUUCUGCGUGCUCGCCUUCCUCGGCAUCCUGGCCACCAUCUGUGCGCUCUACGGGCGCAUCUACUGCCAGGUGCGCGCCAACGCGCGGCGCCUGCGGGAGCGCCCCGGGGCCUCCGGGGGCGCCUCCACCCGGGCCCGCCGCCCGCCGCGCUCGCUGGCGCUGUUGCGCACGCUCAGCUUGGUGCUGCUGGCCUUCCUCCUGUGUUGGGGCCCCCUCUUCCUGCUGCUCUUGUUCGACGUGGCGUGCCCGGCGCGCGCCUGCCCCGUGCUCUUGCAGGCCGACCCCUUCCUGGGCCUGGCCAUGGCCAACUCGCUUCUGAACCCCAUGAUUUACACGUUCACCAACCGCGACCUGCGCCACGCUCUCGUGCGCCUCCUCUGUUGCGGCCGCCGCCCCUGCACCAGAGAGCAGGACGCCUCCCAGGGGUCCGGGAGCCCCGCGGGGGCUUCGGAAGGCCUCAACCGCUGGCUGCCCCCUGGCUUGGACGGCAGCUGCCGCCACUUGGGGCGCUUGUCCCCCCAGCCGGACGGGCUGGACACCAGCGGCUCCACCGGCGGCCCUGGUGCGCUCACAGCCUCCUGGACCCUGGUACCCGCACCGGCUGCAGACUGACGCCCUUUGGCCUGCCAUCGCCCUCCCUAAGUGCUGUUUUUGCAGACUUUCUCUUUUUAAAUAAAGGAAUUUGUAGGAAAAGCUGCUGAAGAUGGUGGCGGCAGAAGAUGGGAAACCUCACAGCAGUGAAUGAGACAACGCAGCCCUUGUGGAAUCGACAUUUUGAUGGGGGACACAGGCAACAGCAGAGUGAAGAAAUCACGGAGAUAAUUCUGGCUACAAUACAGUGAUGCGAUGGUGGUCAGGGGCGGCUUCUCUGCCAAAGAGGUGACAUACGAUGUAAGCUGAGACAUCAUUGCCCUGGGAACACUUGAAAGAAGAGUUUUUCAGGGUGAGGGAACAGCAGUGCAAGGGUCCUGAGGUUGGAACAUGCCUGUGUGUUCUCUGAAAACAGAGAAAAGCAGCCCUUCUGGCUGGAGAAGUAAUAGAGGAGAGUGGUGGGAGGAAACAGAGGCAGGAAGUAGAUGAUGCAGAAGAGACAGAGCCUUGUGGGGCCCAUGGAGGACUUUGCUUCUACUCUUGGUGAAGUGGGAGGCAGAGGAGGGAGUUGAUUUGCUUGAAAUGUUCACAGACCUCUGGAAGGAUGAAGGUAGAAGCUAGAACAAGGUGAAAGUGCCUGCACUGGCCCAGGGGAGCAAUGAUGGGGACUCAGACUAUGUGGAUUCUGAAUAGAUUUUGGAGACAGCAGACAGAAUUACUGAGGAAUUGAGUGGAGAUGGGACAAAAAGAAAGGAAUCAAGGACAGCUCCCCAGCUGAGAGGAGACGAGACCAAAGAUGGGGCACCCUAAACUGAAAUUUGACCGUGGGAGAGACUUAGCCGAUUCCUCUCUGAAACAAGAUUUGAGUGUGGUGUCAGAUCCUUCAAAAAAAAAAUUAAAAUAAUAAAAUAAUAAGAAUAACUACAGAUAAUCGUGUCUGGCUGGUCAUCCCACAGUGCUUGGUCUAGGACACACCGUUUUUCUUACCCUGACGGCAACUUUGCAAGGUAGGUUUCCUCACCCCGAUUUAACAGAUGAGGAAACUGCAAGCAGUGAGUACCUGGCCGGUGUCUGAGCCAGGACAGUAGCCCAGACUGUCAGGCUCCCAGGCCCUAAGAAGGCGCAGGUCUAGCGUGUGGCUCCUCCGCAGGGGUGUGGCACGGCCUGACGCUCCCUCCCUCCGCGGUCUGCAUUCUUCUCCGGGGGGCGAUGCCAGGACCCCGUCUGUGUCCGUGAAAGCCUCCAGGGACGCUGGCUGGGGGGACCCGUUGUCCCUAGACGCAUUCCGGACCCCAGGGCCGCACCGCCCUGCUGGGGGAGGCAGGGGGCUUGGGGCUCAGACUACCGCGCGCCCCCUGCUGGGAGACCCGUGCAACUGCAGGCAGUGCUAGGACAGCAGUGUUUUGGGCACCACGGACCCAGUCUGGGGGCCUGAGCGGCUGCCCUCCAAGCUCAGGUAGUCCCUGCAGGCCACAGGCACGGGAAACCAACCUAUUUUCUGGAAUACAAACACAUUGAAACCCGGGAACUCCCAGGACGGGACAGAGUUUCCCCUGGGCCUGGCGCCCCUAACCCCAGGCUCUUUUAUUUUCCAGGGGAACCUGAAGCUCACUCCUUUGUUUGCUCGUUUGAUAGUAUGAUGGUAGGGGAUUUAUUACCUUGUUCACAUUUUACAAAUUUCGAAAAGCACCAGUUCCCCCUUUUGGAUGUGAUCACUGUCGGGAUUCCUUGGAAACUUCCAGAGCUGUUCUGUGGAUAAAUGAACUGGCACAUAAAUACUUCUCUCUCUCUUUUUU